UUACAUUUUUCUAGGGUUUUUUGGCAUUUUUCUUCAUCGUUUCAGUGGGAUCUCAUCCUUCGUCUCAUUCAGUUUCUGCAUUAAACUGAAUCACUUCUAUUUUUAGAUCUGAGGAUGUGAGCAGCUUCCAUUUACCCUCCUCUUCCUCUUCAUCCUCAUCCUCCUCCUCUUCGUCCUCCCCCAGUUAAUAUUUGAUUCUCUUUCGUGCAUCACUGAAUCCUCAUCCUCCUGUUUCUUUUCUCUCUUUGUUUCUGCUGAAUCAGCUUUAAUCCAAUCAUCUCCCCUACCCCCUCCUCCUCCCCCUCCUCCUCUUCAAACCACACAUCUGCCUGCAGAGGCCUCCUCCCAUCCCAGGGUCACAUGACUCCUUCUCUGAUUAGUGAUGUGUUUUAAUGUGAGCUGCGAUAACGUCACCUUGAUGCAUUUAUAGGUCAAAGCUUCCAACAGGGGCAGCGCAAUCUGCUGGUAGAGACGAGUAACUGCACCCAUGUAGACAUCUCAGCCACAAAUUAAACACAUAAACAAGAAGAAUGACGUCUAAUACAUGCAUUUAUGCAGUUUUUACUCUUCAUCUGUUGUAAACUUAAGAUAUAAUGAAGGAGCCCUAAAUGUUCAGUGUUCUAUGAAAAAAGUCUUUUAAAUAUCAACAUUUUACUGAGUUAUUAUCAUCAAUAAUCAAAUGAACAUACUGAAAAUAAUACUUAUGUUUGUCACAGUCUUAUUUUAAUAUAACCGUGUCAGAUCUCGUUCCAGAUCCAAGUCCAGGGAUUUCCUCUGGUUCAGCCGUUUGCGUUACAAGAGUUUCUUGUUUUUACAAAGACAUAAAUGCGUGGAUCAUUGUUCUAUCGUUUAUGUGGACAGAGUCAUGUUCUCUACAUGACUGGUAGGAAACCCUGAGGAACAUCAGGCAUCCGAACAUUAACCCAAGACUGAAUAUUUUAAAAGAUUUUAAAGUUAAAUCCUGUUGGUCUGAGUCGUGUUCAUGGGUUGAAGGUCUUUCCUGAUCAGCUGUUUGUUUUUAUGUUAAAGCUGUAGAUGAGAAUGAUGAGGAGCUAAACCUUUUCCUAGAGCCUCCUUCAUGCUUUCCUUCCUUGUCAGAUGUCAUGGUUUUGUUGGAUUCGUUGUGUUAAGGUGUCGUUUGAUGAACAGUUUCCUCAUGUCUGUGACCAUCAUAUGAGUUUCUUUGAAUCCUGUUGUUUUAUUUUCAUCCUUUAUGUUUCAGUGUUGUUUUUGCUUUUCUUACAGUUCCUUUGGACUUAUGAUUUUGACGUGCAUGCCUCCUGUUUCUCCAUCAUCUCCAUGGUUACCCAGGGAUCCAAGGACGGUGGCCGGAUUCAGAGGGACAGUCCGCUAUGCGUCAGUCAAUGCUCACAAAAACAAGGAAAUGGGUCGACAUGAUGACCUGUGGUCAUUGUUUUACAUGCUGGUGGAGUUUGCAGUUGGACAGUUACCAUGGCGAAAGAUCAAAGACAAGGAACAAGUGGGUCAGAUUAAGGAACGUUACGACCAUCGGAUGCUGCUUAAACACAUGCCUUCAGAGUUUAACGUCUUCCUGGACCACGUUCAGGCUCUGGACUACUACACCAAACCAGACUACCAGCUGCUGAUGUCAGUGUUUGAGAACAGCAUGAAGGAGCGCAUCAUCACCGAAAAUGAGCCCUUCGACUGGGAGAAAGGAGGAAGUGAUGUCACACUGUCAACCAGUGCCUCCACCCAACCGCAGCACAACACCCGGCCCACGGCUGCCAUGGUGGGAGCCAUCGUGACGCCGGUUCCUGGAGACCAUCAGCGGGAGAACACAGACGACGUUCUACAGGAUGAACAUUUGAGCGACCAGGAGAAUGCCCCACCAGCCCCACCCAGUCGCCCCCCUGGGGAGACAGGGGUCCGGGACACUGGGGAGAUGGGGGAGGCCUGGGAGGACACAGACUUCAACCGGAACAGGCUCCGGAUCAGCCUCAACAAGGGCGCUCAGGAGGAGGAGGUAGGUCGGGGGGCUUGUCCGGUGUCUCCGGUUCGAGGCGGAGCCCCAGAGUCGCCGACGGGUCAGGGUCGAUCAUUACGGUACCGACGGGUCAACAGCCCCGAGUCCGACCGACUGUCGGCGGCUGAAGGCCGAGCUGACGGCUAUGGACAGAGGUCCCGGAUGGACAUCCUCGGAUCUCCGUCCCGUCACGUCUACUCCUCUCAGCCAGCGCAGAUGUUGUCUGUUGACCCCGGGUGCCGUGGCGACCGGCAGGUGAGCGGCCGUCAGGAGGUAUCGGUGGCGUCCGUGGACCAGGAGGCGCACAGCAACGCCUUCAUCCGGUCUGUCCCAUUGGCCGAGGAGGAGGACUUCGACAGCAAAGAGUGGGUGAUCAUUGACAAAGAGACGGAGCUCAGAGACUUUCACCCGACAACGUCAGGAACCACGGACGAGGAGCCUGAGGAGCUCCGCCCCCUGGAGGAGCAGGAGGAGAGGAGGAGGCUCCGGGCCGGAGGUGAUCUGGUGGUUCGUCCAAAGACUCACACCAGGGACAGCAGUCGAGGGAUGCUGACGCUAACAGAGGAGGAAGCAUCGAGGAGGAGUGGUGGAAGCCCCGCCCAGUCACCAUGUCACUCGCUGCCGUCAGGACGACCGCGCCGGAGAGAGUCGGAGCCCACUGGACCUCAGAGACCGGUGCUGUCACCCACUGAUCAGACGCCAUCGCCUCCUUCUCCAGAUUACCGGACGAAGGGUCAGAGUGAUGAGAAGGAACAUUUCCACAUCCUUCCUCAGCUCCAGGCCAAACGGGCCGACUUCCUCACCGUCAUGCUCACCGGGACUCUGCCACAGCGCCGGAGCUUCGCCACACCAGACGAAGACAUCCCGGAACCACCAGGACCGAGAGACGAUGAUGUAACAAAGAGCGAGUCCAACAGUGAGGCCAGUCAGAAGAGCACAGAGCGCAGCCAGGAAGCAGCGCCAUCCACACUCAUGGCCGAGGACCAGAGGGGCCCAAGGGAGCAUGCUUCAGCCGCGGAUGCCGACCCCGAUCUGGAGGACGCAUCCAAGACCCUCGUCCUCUUCUCUCCGGGAGACACUCGCAAAUCCCCGUCGGGUGGUGACCACAUUUUGGAGGGAGAGUUGGCCACUCCAUCUGGUCUCACCCCCCGGAACGACCGCCUCCUGGUCGGGGAUGUCCUCCAACCCGAACCCUCUGAGACUGGACGCCUGUCCCCUGCCCUCAGGUCAGAUCUACGCCCCUCCACCCCCAUCGCUCCUGCAUCUCCACCCUUUACCAAAGUUGAGCGCACCUUCAUCCACAUCGCAGAGACGUCCCACCUCAAUGUCAUGUCUUCCAACGGUCACUCCGCCAGGGACAGCGAUCGGGAAGUCCUUGCCAUCAUGAGGGAAUCAGGCGUUCAAAUUGAUGCCCAGGAGGAAGGGGAGGGGCCUAAGCAGGAAGAGCCCCCACUGGUUCCAGACCAGUGCCCACCAGUGGACAAACAGCCCAACACUGAAAACGGCCCGUCUGUCCUGGCUCAGUGUUUGGAUCCCGUCCCAGAAGCCAUUUCACCGAUUCAUCACCUGUCACAGGAACCUUCGAAACAGCUGUCAUCCGCUGAAGAACCUGCCGUGACAGAGCAAUCAGGGGCCGUGAAGCUGAGGGUCCGGAGCCGUAUCCCUGUGCUGAUCUCUGAGGAAGACUCAGGUUCAGAGCAAUCAUCCUCGGUCUCAGCUCGGGCUCGUCUUCAGCAGAGGGCAAGGCAGCUGGACCUGGCCCGGAUGCUAGUCCAGAAGCAGCAGGGUCGCUGGAUGAGGAGAAGGAUGCUGUCGGGGACAUCCUCGUCUUUGUCCUCAGGAGACGACGAGCGCCGGCGAGCAUCUGAAACGCUGUCCAACACUGGCUCCGAGGAAGACACUCACACCUCCGACGAGUCUAGAAGGAGCUGCCGUCUCAGACCUAUGGAAGAGCAGGGAUCCAAGGAGACCCGGAGCCGGAUCCCCAGGCCCGUCACCCCCGUCAAGAGGCUCUCAGGGGGAGGCACCGCCACUGUUUCUCCUCUGUCUUUACCUGAGUCCAGCAGCACCAAAGGAGCGCCGUCCACCGGGAACGGGUCUGUACAUCAGAGAAUCACCCUCAGCACUCUGAGUGUCCAGCGGAAACCCAAAACUGCCUCACCGCGGUCCUCGUCCUCGUGUCCCCGCCCCGCCGCCGUCCCGGCUCAGUCCGGCAGUCCUCGAAUGCCCCUGCGAGUCCUCUUUGGAACCCGCCGCAGCCUUAGCUCCACCCACCGCAGGACUGACAGCCCCUCCCCUCAGAGAGUCUGUCCAUCCCGCCAGCCCCUGUCCGUCCGAGCCCCGACCGUCCCCGUGCUCCCGCCCAGGACUGCCACGACCGCCAUGCGGCGCAGCGCCUCACAGGAAGCCACCGCCCAGACAUCCUCCGGCCCCGCCCCUACCAGACCCAGGCCCAAACCGGCGGCUGGGCAGGCAAAGGGGAAACCUAACCCCAGGGAGAAGACGGUUCCCGCUAGAUAAUACAAAGACAUUGAAACUCGUUCAUGUAUAAUCAGUCUUCGGACAUGCUUUGCCUCAAAGGUCCUGAUCUCCACCGAAUCCUCAUUUAAUGGACACACAUUCUUAUUUUUCCAAGGACAGCAUACAGAACUGUCUUCGUGGGCUUCCAGUAAUCCGACUGAUUGUGGCAAAGGAGCGUUGCUGCCACGGUGCUAUGGAUCUGCCUGCUGCUCCCGGUCGGUUCUGGUCCAACUGGUUUCUGGAGCUCCGGUCCAGUUCACCCCUCACAGAUACUCCAGCUUUGCCCACGGUUAUAAUACUCGUCCAUUUACAGUUCCCUGCUCGGUUCACAUUGCAUGGUGACGUAUAUCACAAUUACUUUAAAUCUGUAGAAGGAAAAUAACAUGUACAAAAACUGAACCUUGAAUUAUUUGAUAUGUUCUCUCCUUCCUAUUGGAUAAAAAUCAGAGCAGAUUGGACUGAGAUCUGACAUAUAUUACUCCGAUAUGAGAUUCCCGACUAAAUCCUGUGCUUAUUAAGAGAAGAAUUGGUGUGAAGAUGAAGCGAAUCGCUCGGUCGCCGCCUCCUCCUCAUGGUGUGACAAUGGGCAUGCUUUAAUCAUUCUAUUUUCUGGGUGUUUUUAUUUUUCUUUAAGCUCUGAAUUGUAUAUAAUAGAAUCAUUUCCCAUAAAGACAUCUUUAUUUUUUAUCUUGCCAAGCGACAUGUGAAUUUCACGUCUUUGCCCUUCUGUUCCAAUGUGUUGGCACUAUGCCUGUUUUUUACGCAUGAGAAAAACAGGGUUAACCAUGAGAGGAAGUUCUACCUGCUCGGAUUCUUCUGAUGGUGCAAAAGGUGAAGGAUGUUGGAGCAUAUGCGGAGUUUGGACGGAGUCCAUGGGCGCUGAGCUCAAAUAAAGUCUUGGUAAUGUGGAAA